GCCGGACUGGUUUCGACGUUGCACUAGUGUCGGGUUUCCGGGUGCUCCCUUCUCUAUCGUACCCGGUUGGGAGAGGUAGGGGGUGGGAAUCGGCGGGUAGUGAGGUCGAAGCGGCGGCCACCAUGGCGACCCGCAGCCUAACGGAGCCCUUCGUGCUGAUGCGAAACCGCGCGGUCCAGAGCCGGCACCUGCAGGCCGAGCAAGUGAGUAGCGAGGCGGGAGCGGCCCUGGGCCACGGCGCUGUGAUUGCCAAUGAUCGCAUGGCCUUGGUGUCGGGAAUCAGCUUGGAUCCAGAAGCUGCCAUUGGUGUCAGUAAGAGACUGCCUCCUAAAUGGGUGGAUGGAGCGGAACAAAUUCAGUUUGACAUCACUAGAAUAAAGCAGAAGAUGAAGGAGCUCGCCAGCUUACAUGACAAGUACCUGAACCGACCCACGUUGGAUGACAGCACUGCGGAGGAGCACGCAAUAGAAAUCACUACCCAGGAAAUAACUCAGAUGUUCCACCGAUGUCAGCGCUCAGUGCAGAAUCUGCAGAGCAAAGGGCGAAACUGCACAGAGCAGGAGGAGCGGGUCCUUCGAAAUGUAAUUUCUUCUCUUGCACAAGCUCUUCAGGAUCUGUCAACUAACUUUCGACAUGCCCAGUCUUCUUAUCUGAAACGUUUGAAGAAUCGAGAAGAAAGGUCCAAACAUUUCUUUGAAACAUCGGUGCCACUAAUGGAUGAUGCUGAAGAUGACAGCCUAUAUGACAAGGGUUUUACAAAUGAUCAGUUACUUCUGGUGGAAGAGAAUACGCUGAUGGUUGAAGAACGAGAGAAGGAGAUUCGACAAAUCGUGCAGUCAAUCUCAGAUUUGAAUGAAAUUUUCAGGGAGCUGGCGACCAUGAUAGUGGAGCAGGGGACCAUCUUGGAUCGAAUUGAUUAUAAUGUUGAACAAUCUUGUAUUAAAACAGAAGAGGGCUUACAGCAACUCCAGAAGGCUGAGCAACAUCAGAAGAAGAAUCGAAAGAUGCUGGUCAUUGUGAUCCUUUUUGUGAUAGUGGUGGUUCUCAUCAUCGUGUUAAUAGGAAUCAAAUCAAGAUCACCCAGCGAGGGCCAGCUUCAGCAUUACAAACAGCCUUCACAGCAUUUCAACUACGUGAAGCAAAACAUGAACAAGGGUGUCUCAAGCUACAACACGGCUGGUUCCUCUGCAUUCCCUUCUUUUCUUUGCACUGCUGUAUAUAUUACAGCAAACUCUGGAUCUGAAUAAUGAGCUCUUUCCAAGCUUGUAAUCAAACUAUGUCAAAUGUAGAUCAUCUUAAAGCAAAAUCAUUUAGGACUUUAUGUGAAAGCAUUUCUUGCAGGUAUGUGUUUGGCUUUAUUGUACAUCUCACUUUAAAGUUGUCUGUGAGUUUGACAGCAUAGCAAUCAAUGAAUUGGAAAGUGGAGAGGAAGAGAGCAUAGAGGGGUGUGGAUACAGUAAAUCCUUAAGAGUAUGAUGACACAGAUGGUGCUGAGUUAAGUGCCCACUAUCUGGAAAUGCUCAGCCAACUUAGAAAAGACAGCAAGGCAAGUUUGAAGAUCCAGCGCUGUGCUUGAGGCUAGCUUCAGUAUUCUUGGCAGCAAGUAGAGUUUGGAAGAACCAGGGAAGUAUAAGAUGGAUAACUACGGUGAGCUAAGUAAAAGUCAUGGCAAGGACAGAAAAUUCUUGCAGAGCCAUGUCAAAGGUAAAGACCUGCAACUUACUGGAACUGAUCUAGCUGUGCACCACUGCAAAAACCAAACAAAAUGGAGUUUAACCCAAGGGAUUAUCAACAUGGGGUUGAAUGCCUAGACUCUGUGAUGGCGAGCAUCUGGCUGCUCCCUGCAGCUCUUUCAGAAGGCAGUUUAGACUAAAGCUGAAUAUUGAACUUCCAUGUAGAGAGAACAUGAUGUUCAUUGUGCAUAGAAGUAUGUUGAUAUAAUAGGACUGGCAGUCCUGUAUUAAUCAAGGAAGGUGAUUUAUUUAAUUCGUGGACUUUUAUUAAUACUUCCAUCAUGUAGACUAUAAACCAAUUGAUGUUUUGCAGAAAGCCUUGACUGUUCUGCAGUGAAAGUUCUUUUUACUUUUGCAUUAAUGGUAUUAAUGAAUUAUUCUGCUGUUAUGUUAAUCAUGCUUUUUUCAUAACAUUUCCUGCUAGUAUAAAUAAGCAUUUCACUUUUUUCUUCUCAUUAUCCCAAAAUGGAGAUAUGUUUUUUUUCUGCUUUUGAAAGCUGAUGUGGCAGUGUUCCUGUUUGUGAGCCUCGAACACAACAGGCUGCAUGUGAUGAUUUUGAUUGUUUUGUUUUACUGGGGCAUAUUCAUCUUGUUUCCAAAUAACAAAAUGUGCUGAAUGUAUUAUUUUUAGUAUCUAUCUCAGAUACUAAAACCUCUGUGGCAGUCUAUUUGCUCAGAUAGAGUGCGUAUUUUAAUACAUGUACUGCUGGGCAGGUUGUGUCUUGGGGUACAAUAACUACAAGCCUGUCCUAAGUGGUGGAGGUAACUAAAAUAAACUGAUUGCUGUAAUACAGUUGUUCAACGUCUAUUUUACGCUAUUCGGUAACAGCUUCAGAGGUAUAAUCAGGUUUCAGUGAACAACUGAGAUUUGUGAAGGAAUUUGGAUAGAUGGAAACGGAUUCAAGGUCCCUCAAGUAAGGAAAUUGCUUCUGAAUUAGUAUUUGAACGUAAGAAUUUUAUAUUAUAAGCUGUGGUGUUGUUAGGCCAUUGAAUGCACUACGUACUAGGGUUGAUAGAAAAUCAGCUAUUAAGAAUAGAUUAGAUAGGUGGAGGAAAGAAAGAAAUCAAUGUAGUGACACAAUGAAAUAUAUCGAUAAACAAGGCUAACUGAGCUGAUCUGUUAGCAUGCACUUCACAAGAAGAUAAACAGCCUGUUAUUUUUUUUAUAUUUUACAUGAUGUGGAGAAGUAAAUGAUUGUGGAAGAUGUUGCACAGAGACAUACAGUGAAUAAAGCUUCAGCAUAAAUAAAAUACUGCAGAUGCCGGAUACUUGAAAUAAAAAGCUAGUGAAACUGAGCAGCUCCAGAGAGAGGGAAAUGGUUACUUUUCUUGAGUCAGUAUCCCAAGAAAGUUCACCAAACUGAAAUGGUCACUCCACAGAUACUGCCCCAGCUCUCUGUGCUUUCAGCUUUCAUUUUUGAGAUUACAACGAUAAGGUUUAAGGAAGGCAUUAGUGUUGAAAUGAUGAUUCAGAUUUCAGUAAAUCUCCAUUCCUGGUUUCCCCUAAUGUUCUGUUCUCCUGAAAAUAAUGAAACCUUACAUAAUUUCAAUGUACUGUAUCACAGUUUUAAAACAAAAUUCCUUUAAUAUUUCAGGAUAACAAUGUAAAUGGAAAACAAGAGUUUUGCCUAAAGGUUCUUGUUUUGAUCCAUUCAGAUUCAGAGACAACAUUAAGCAGCUGUUCAGCUUUAUGCUUUCAGAGUGUGAGCGGAAUUAUAGUUACAGACAGAAGUUUUCAUUGCUUCCAAAUCAUAUUAGAAAGGCUGCACUUGGAUGGGUUUUAGUCCUGUAAAUGAAAACUCAGUAACAUUCAGUAUGGUAGUUUGAUCAACACCUUAUCCACCAACAUAAAUAUUCACUACCUUCACAACUGUAUACUGUGGCCACUAUAAAAAGUACCCUCUAUAAAAUGUAUCAAUUCGCUAGGCUGCCUUGGGUAGAACUUCGCAAACACGAGGAAAUCUGCAGAUGCCAGAAAUUCAAGCAACACACACAAAAUGCUGGUGGAAUGCAGCAGACCAGGCAGCAUCCAUAGGAAGAAGCAAAUCUCUUACUAUCACUUCUUUUAGUUAGUCUUGACGAAGGGUCUUGGCCUGAAACGUCAACUGUGCUUCUUCCUAUGGAUGCUGCCUGGCCUGCGUUCCACCAGUAUUGUGUGUGUGUGUGUGUGUGUGUGUGUGUUGCUUGGGUAGAAUUUUCCAGAUUUGCAACCUCCAUCACUUAGCGGAUGCAUGAGAAAGCCUGCACCUUCGGUUUCCCCUUCAGGGGGCACACCAUUUUGAUUUAAACAUGCAUAUCAACAUCCCAUCUUCAUAUCUGGAUCAAAAUCUUAGGGACCUUAACAGUAUUGUGAGAGCACCUGGGCUUGCAAAAGGUGGUCCGUCCUCAAUAUCUUCUCCAGUAAAACCAGGAGUGGCUAAUAAAUACCAAUUUUUUUUUGCCAUUAACCCCCUUAUCACUGUGAGAUGGAACUGGGCACAAUCUCAGUCCUGAUUUGGACACAAGACAAAUUGCAUAUUGAAAAUAGUUGGAUUUAGUAGAAUUAGAUGGUGGUAGUUGGUCAUAGAAUAUAGAACAUAGAAUAGUACAGCACAGUACAGGCCCUUCGGCCCACAAUGUUGUGCUGACCCUUAAACCCUGCCUCCCAUAUAACCCCCACCUUAAAUUCCUCCAUGUACCUGUCUAGUAGUUUCUUAAAUUUCACUAGUGUAUCUGUCUCCACCACUGACUCAGGCAGUGCAUUCCACGCACCAACCACUCUCUGAGUAAAAAAAAAACCUUCCUCUAAUAUCCCCCUUGAACUUCCCACCCCUAAGCUUAAAGCCAUGUCCUCUUGUAUUGAGCAGUGGUGCCCCGGGGAAGAGGCACUGGCUGUCCUCUCUAUCUAUUCCUCUGAAUAUCUUGUAUACCUCUAUCAUGUCUCCUCUCAUCCUCCUUCUCUCCAAAGAGUAAAGCCCUAGCUCCCUUAAUUUCUGAUCAUAAUGCAGCGUAGUCCAUGAGUAACUACACCUGGAUUCUUGAGAAGAAAUGAUCUGAUGAUUUCAAAGGCUAUCUUUUCCCUCACGCUUUAUAUUAUUAGAGUACCUGAUGUGAAAGACCAGAAAAUUACAAAGUAGUUCCAAUUAGUGUAAAUAAGUAAGAAAAUGUGGUUGUACGUAGUUCCCACUUGGUUGCUACAACAUUACCCCCAAGGUGCUGUAUAUUUGACUAGGGAAUUUUGAAAUGUGCCCAUGAAUACACAUUACUCUUAAUAGAGCUCAGAAAUGAACUGAUAGAACAGGACUGAAUGUAAUUUGGAGUGAACAGACACACUGAGAGGAUGGAUUAUGUAAAGUUCUGGAUAACAAUUCUCUUGUUGAAAAUGUAUAAUAGAACAAAAUUAGAUUGAUGCUCUGGAGUUUUGCGUGAUUGCCCUGUAGAGACUUGUUUUGCAUUAAGACUUUCUUCCAGAUUAAAUAGCUUGGAUAAAACAGAUAAAAGAGAUUGGAGGUGCUGGAUGGGAGGGUUGGCCUUGAUGAAUUAAGUGUUUUACUUCUGUUGCAAGUAUGUGGGAGAGUAAGGUCACCAUUCUGUUGGACUCUGCAACAUUAGGUAAACUUCCCAAACCCCAUGUCACCAGGAACCAUGGUUGGGAAGCUGAGCUGCAUUUCUUCUCAAGUGAUAUGAAAUGUAUGAAUACUUAAAGAGGAUUUUGUAGAAGAAUGAAAGCCAAGUAAUAUACAAGGGGGCUCGUGUAGAGGAUCUACUUACUUUCUACAUCAGAGGUUCCCAACUUGGGGUCCACGGAUCCCAUGCUUAAUCGUAGUGAUCCAUGGUAUAAAAAAGGUUACAUGUUCAUAAUAUUAUUACUAGUAAGAAGAAAGUAAAGCCAUUUGAGGGAUUUGUCAGGGGCCAUGAUGAAAUCACAUUAAACAUUUCUAUUUUUUCACUGCUCUGUGUCACGGCCAGUGAAGCGAAGCUAUGAAGGAGAUACAAAAUUAAUAAUAUCCAAUAAAGGGAAGGGUACUAGUGCCAGGCUCUUUGCAGUUCUUGAAGCAGCUGGUUACUUCCCUCUGCUACAAGCUCUUUCAGCACCUUACCCCGUCUCCAUCCUCGUCCUCUGCCCUGGAUCUUUUCAUCUCUAAUUGCUGAUGAGAUUAACCAGCUCAACUUCAGCACUCCUCACUCCUCCUGGAAACUUAGUCCCUCUGAAUGCACUGCUGCCCAAUCUCUGCACCAAUCCCAACCUUACUAUCAAACCCAUAGGCAAAGGGGGUGCUAUUGUAAUGUGACGGACUGACCUAUACCUUGCUGAGGCCAGGCAGUAGCUCUCAAACACCUCCUCUUACCUGCCCCUUGAAGAUGACUCCAUCUGGGUAUUAGAAAAUUGUCUCCGACACCAUCAUUAACCUCAUCACCUCUAGAGAACUCCCAUCACUGCCACCAAACUCAUAGUUCCCUUAUCCUACACUGCUCACUUUUACCUCCUACCUAAGAUCCACAAACCUGAAUGCCUGGGUAGACCCAUUGUCUCUGCCUACUACUGCCCCACUGAGCUCAUGUCCUCAUACCUCAACUCCAUUCUAUCCCCCUUGGUUCAGUCACUUCCCAUUAAUAUUCAUGACAGUUCAUAUGCUCUCAGUCAUUCUCAAUAACUUAAAAUUCCCUGGCCCUGACUGCAUCAUUUUCACUAUGGAUGUCCAGUCCAUAUGAACCUCUAUCCCCCAUCACGAAGGCCUUGAAGUUCUCUGCUUCUUUCUCAACAAAAGAACCAAACAGUUCACCACCACCACCACCCUCCUCCAUCUGGCAGAACUGGACCUCACCCUCAACAAUUUCUUCUUUGAUUCCUCCAACUUUCUCCAGAGUCAGGGUGGCCAUUGGCACCUACAUGGUCCCCAGCUAUGUCUGCUUUUUCGUUGGCUACGUAGAACAAUCCAUGUUCCAAGCCUUCCUGGGUAAUGCUCCUGAACUCUUCCUUUGCAACAUUGUUAACUGCACUGGUGCUGCUUCAUGCACCCAUGCCAAGCGUCUCAAUUUAAUUAACUUUGCCUUCAACUUCCACCCUGUCCUUAAAUUCACUUGGUCCAUUUCUGACACCUCCUUCCCCUUUCCCGAUCUCUGGAAACAAAUCUACCAACAUCUUUUAUAAACCUACUGAUUCCCACGGCUAUCUCUUCGUACUGUCUCCUGUAAAAAUGCUAUUUCCUUUUCUCAGUUUCUUCGUCUCUGCCACAUCUGAACCUAGAAUGUUCCUUGGCUUUCCUUUUCAGAACAUCAGAGAUGCCCUCCUUCAAAGAACGGGGUUUUCCUUCCUCCAACAUUGAUGCUGCCCUCACCCGCAUCUCUUCCAUUUCCUGGAUAUCCGCACUCACCUCAUCUUCUCACCACCGUAACAGGAAUAGAGUUCCUCUUGUCCUAACCUACCACCCCAUGAGCCUCGGCACUCAACGUACCAUUCUCUGCAACUUCUGCCAUCUCCAAAGGGAUCCUACCCCAAACACAUCUUUACCUUCCCUCUCACUCUCCACUUUCUACAGGGAUUGCUUCCUCUGCGAUUCCCUUGCCCAUUCAUCCCUCUCCACUAAUCUCCCUCCUGGCACUUAAUAACGUCUACACCUGGUAGCACAAAGUGCCACACCUGCCCACUUACCUCCUCCCUCACCUCCACUUAGGGCCUCAAACAGUCCUUCCAGGUGAAGCAACACUUCACCUGCCAAUCUGUAGGGGUUGUCUAUUGCUCUUGACGUGGCUUCCUCUCUGUGUUUGUGAGAUUUGACGUAAAUUGGAGAACUGCUUUGUCGAGGGCUUCCACUCCAUCCGCCAAAAGCGUUAUUUCCUGGUGGCCAACCAUAGUAAUUCCUAUUCCCAUUCCUGUCCGACAUGUUUGCCACAAUGAGGCCACUCUCAGGGUUGAGGAGCAACAUCCUGUACUCUGUCUGGGUAGCCGCCAACCUGAUGGUAUGAACGUCAAUUUCUCCUGGUAAUUUUUUUUCCCCUCUCCUUCCCUCUUCUAUUCCUGACUCUGGCAUCUUGCCUCUCUUCAUCUACACAUCACCUCUCCCUGGUGCCCCUUUCUCCCAUGAGCCACUCUCUUAUCAGAUUCCUUCCUCUCCAGCCCUUUACCUUUCCCACCCACCUGGCUUCACCUAUCACCUUCUAGCUGGUCCUCUUCCCCCUCCCCUUUUUAUUCUGGCAUCUUCUCCCUUCUUUUCCAGCCCUGAAGAAGGGUCUCUGCCUGAAACGUCAACUGUUACUGAUUACCAUAGAUGCUGCCUGACCUGCUGAGUUCCUCCAGUAGCUUUCAGUUCUCCAGGUCAGUCUGUAGUUUGCCAGUGCACGUCAGUGGAGUAAAUAAUGCUACUAUGAUGUCACAGCUUUACGCACUGCUCAUUAGCCUAACGUGUACUUCCUGAUGUAACCUGAAGAAAAAAGGGAGCUGAAGUUGAAUCUUAUUUUGCUUUUGGUUUUAUUCUAAAAUUACUACUUGACUAAACAGAUUGUAUUGAAAAACAUCAUAAACUAUGAAUUAAUUUAUAAAUUCAUUGUUAGUUGUCUAGUUGUGUGUUUAAUAACCAGCUCAAGGUUGUUAAUGUUUCAUUUGGGUGUAAUGACAGUUUAAGCUAUCCUUGUGCUUGGUUUGUGAAGGUGUUAACAUACUACAUGGCAUUGCCUGUGCUGUAAAUUUUUUUUAAUAUCUUCAGGAGUAGGAGCGAUUGAAAGAUUUCUUUUACAGUAUGGAAACUGAAAAUCAUUGACCAUAAUGCCAUCUUUAUAACAACCAUUUCAUAUUUUAAGUUCCUACACCCCCAGCUGGGAGAUUGGUCAAAACGACUGACAUCUUAAUGAAUCUGGAUUAUUUGGGGAGAUGUGGGAACAGGCAUGAGAUCACACCUCAGACUGUGUACAUUGUGGUCUUGUAUUGGUCACUCAUAUUUCUUAUGUGCAGCAUCAAAUGGAUAAGAAGGGAACCUCAAUAACUGAUCUUGUAUUCUCAAGACAGACUCCUGAAAAAUUAAUCAUGGUAGAGCAAAGUUUUACUUGUAGCAUAUCUCUAAAAGGCAGCUGUAUCAGUAGUGUUUUUGGUGGGUGAAGCAUUGCCUGCUGUUACAGUGUAUCAUGUGUAAUCUAUUUAUAUUUGUAAAGCCUUGAAAUUCGUCUUAAAACUGAAAGAUAUAUAUGUGUGUACUUUUGCUUUUUUUUGUAAUCUAUGUAUACCAAUAAAUUUUUUUAA